AUUAGUUCUUAAUUUCACAAGAAUAGUUUCUUUGGUUUUCUCAAGAAAAACUUCUAGUCUACAAAGGGAAACGAAAGAUGUCCACAAAGGAAAAAAAGACUAAGAAACCGCACAAUGUCAAGAGCUCGGUAGUUCCACCAAAAAAAUGGAAAACCAAGAAGAAGGACAAGAAGGGGACCGGGAAGUUGCGCAAAACCGCUUCGAAUGCAAGUUUGAAGAAGCAUGGCUCCACACACAAGAUUAAAAAACCAGAGGACAUCACUUCCGAUGGUUGCCCACUUCUUCUGACGGCUUCCGAUACUUGUGCCAACAUAUACGCUGAACAGCUGUCCGCUCCGAACAAUCUUAGUGCCAAAACUUCAACGCCGCAUAAAUCGAUUGAAGCAGCAUUGACACCAGUUGCAUUUUCGCCACCUCCAGCUACUCAAGCUACUCAGGCAAUGGACGCGCCUGCGACAACGAAGACUGCUGUCAAACCGACCAAAUGGAAGGCCGAAGACGUCGCAGUGGCGUAUAUCCAGAAGCUCGAUCCUGGUGUCAUUCGUGCCGAGUACAUCGAAGCAUGCGCUGCCACAAAAGUCAAUAUUGAUAAGGAUUGUCAGUUGUGGAAGAAAAACCUGCAAAUGAACCAAGCCGACAACUAUCCGAUCCUCGAUUCAACCAUCGUCAAGAAUCCGGCUCAGCCUGACAGUUACGUCAACAUGUCUUCCGUAAUUGUUCCGCACUGUCGCUACCCGAUUCUGAUGGCCCAGAUGCCAAAAAGAGGUUUCGAGGAAGAGUUUUGGAGAGCUGCGUUCAACGAAUCGGUAGUGAUCAUGUAUGUUCUCAUGGGAACUGAAGAUGAGAAGAAUGAUUUCUUCCCAACAACUAUGGGUGCAUAUGUGUACUAUGGAGCGAUGUUCGUCAACAUUCGCAAGGUUGAAAAAAUGGACGAAGAGCGUACUCGUUAUACGAUUGAAGUUCUUCCGAAUGGUUUCUCCAACUCUGUGAUGAUGAACGUCUACGUCCACACUGGUUGGGAAGCGUCUGGAGUUCCAGUUCGCUAUGCCAACACUACUCGUUCUGUAGUUGACGUAAUGAACUUUGUGAAGACCUCUAGUGGCACAGAAAAGAUGCUGGUCGUGUCCAAGAAUGGUUGCGGUCGUGCUGGAUUCUUCCUUUCUUUGGGCGCCGCAUUUUGCUGCUUGAACGAUAACUCGGAACCAAGGAUCGGAGAAAUUGUAAAGGCGAUUCGGAGCCAGAGACCAAAUGCGGUUGAUAGUAUCAAGCAAUACGCAUCAAUCUAUCUCUGUUUCGUCUAUUACAUUAAGAAAAAGAUCACGAUCCCGGAAGGAAUGCAGCAAAAGUUCGAUGAUUUGAAGAAAGGAAUUGAAGCUAUCAUUAGAGAGGAUCUGUCAAUCAUGUACUAAUGUUCUAUGAAUAAACUAUGCUUUUUCA